GCCUCAUUAUAAAAUACCCCCAAUACUGGAUUCACCUUUAUUUAGGAUACGCUUUUUAAAAUUUAAUUGGUGGUGGGGCGCUGCUAUGCGAUACCCUUUAAGAUACCUUCUAGUUAAGAUAAACCUUAACAUACAAUUUUUCAGACCAAGGAUUACCCAAUUUUUAUAAAAUUUUUAAAAUUUAGAUAAACAUGAACAAAUCCUUGUUGAUUUUCAUUUUGUUAAAUAUUUUGGCAAUUUCUUUUAAUUUUGUUGAGUGUGGAUACAACCGAGGCGGAGGAGGCUUUGAUUCAAGCAGUGGUGGCAGUGAAUGGAGUCAAUCAUCUGGCGGUAGUAGCAGUUUUGACAACGGUGAUGGUGGCGGCGGUGGAGGUUUUGGCUCUCCCGGGUAUAAUGGAGGAGGAAGUGGAUAUAAUAGAGGAAAGAAAUGA